AUGUGCAAUACCGAUUGUCGAUAAACAGCUUUUUGAUAAAUUGUAUCUAUUUUGCGUUUAAAGAAGCGUAUUUAUUAAAGAUAAAGACAACAGCGAGGCCCAAAUUAUAUUUUCUACGUAAAAAACGUUGAGAUGAGCGCACGUAGCUUACGUCAACGCCCCCAACGCAAAGUUGGAGAAACAGCUGACGACAAUACAAACACCGAAGUGGAAAAAACAAAGCGCAAAGGAAAGAAGAGAGGUUGCUAUUAUGAAAAGAAAAACAGCGCCUAUGAUGAAUACGGAAAUAUAAGAUGGAGUGGCGCAGAUGUUUGUGAUUGUAUGAACGACGAAUGCUGUGGAUGUUGGUCCGAGUGUGGAAAUUGUGGCUCCACCCGAUGCGGUCCCCAAUGCCGAGUGCACCGAAAAUUCUUCUAUGAAAACAUUAUUUAUGACGGCAAGGAACUAACGGUUUCCAACAAGAAUAUUCCUAGCAAAACAUAAUAUUUGUAUUUAGAAUAAGUACUCAAAUUAAUAUAAGUUUUCAAUAUUUUGUAAUCAAUGUAUGUAAAAUUAAAUAAAUAUUAAAUUAUCCACA